GAAAAAAUCAUCCUAAUUUCACAAACCUUUCCAAGAUCAUAUUCGAUCGAUAGAAAAUUCAUUCAUUUUAUUAAAAUUGAUUGCAUGUUGAUUGCAUAGAAACACCUCUUUACCACUGUCCAUCACUUUGAAACGAAGGCUGUUAUGUUGAGCACUCCAUUGCUACGAUUAUCACCAGAUAUUUUAAUUGAAAUUGGUAGCUAUCUUGAUGCUGAAGACCUUAUUCAUCUAAUUAAGACAUGUAAACGGCUUCAUAAUGUGUUUGAGAACAAAACAGUUUGGCUAAGAUUAUGUAAACGAAUUGAAGGAUUAGUGAACGUUGACAUGACUGAAGAUGCAAAUUAUAAAAGACUAUAUCUAAGAUGGAAGAAGAAAGGAUAUGUUUAUACUUGGGGAGAGAAAAGCUGGAAUCGUUUGGGACGAUUGAUAAAUAAUAUACAUUUUCCUCAUCACAAGCCUAUUGCUUUAACAGGUUCAUUUGCGGUGAAAGCUAUUCAAGUAGCAGUCGGUGGCUACGGAAUAUUUUUGCUGGACGAGAACGGAAAGUUGCGCAUCACUGGAAAACGGACGAAUUCAUUUUCACAAGUCGUACCGGAGUUGGAUCGCGUUUUUUGGAUUCAUGCUGGUCGGGAAUACUGUUUAGCGAUGACUGAUGGGGGUAAUUUAUGGCAGGUAGGCGUGAACUCUACAUUGUGUUUGACAGAGGAAAACGUUUUGUCGGAGUAUAGAGGAAAGAUUACGAUUUUUCGAAGUGGUUGGGACUCUCUUUCAGCAUUCGUCCCCCAAGUAGGCUUCUUACUAUGGAAAACUGGAAAAGAAUUUGAGCCUAUGAGAUAUGAAAUUUUUCGGGGACGAGAACUGUUUGAUGUUUCAGAUUAUGUUCUUUGUGCUGGAUUUAUUAUCUUUACGACAAAAGAAGAAUCGACGGUUUUCCGGUUUGAUCUCGAUGGGAAUUAUGAACAGCAAGCAAAAGAACUGACGAAGUUUCGAAUUCCUAUUCAGGAUGGUCCAUGGAAACUUUUCGGGAGCUUUUAUACCUUUAGUUGUAUCUCUAAUGAUGGUAACACGGUAUACAUGGGGAAUGAAUCUACGAAAGAAUCUGACGCCAAGCCAAUUGUUCACGACUUUUUACAAAAUCAGGGGUUAAAGCAGCUGGCUCAUGGAGAUUAUCAUCAUCUCAUUUUAAAAAAUGAUGGAACGGUUUGGUCCUGGGGAAUGGAAUUGUCGAAUUCUGGUUGUCUGGGAUUAGGAACAUUGCAUAACCAAAUAGGGGACGACGUCUUAAUAGACGUACAUGGUCGUCGAGUGACGGUGCUGAAGCCUCGAAGGAUAUUUCUCAAUGCAACUUGUACUUCAAUCGCUGCGGGCGGCUGGCAAAGUGCGAUGAUGGCGAUUUCCGAUAAGGUGUUACCGGAUGCAAUGGAGCCUGCAAGGAUGACCAGCUUAUCCUUGACUCACCCAAGCGUUCCUGUGUUGCAUUUUCUCCGUAGCAGACGAAAUGACUAGACGCAUGUACAAUCUUUUAUAAACGCGUAUGUCUUUUAUUACAUAAUGAUUUACGAGCGUAUGAGAAUGAAAAGUUUGACACGUUUAUUUGAUGGAUGGAUACGAUUAUGAAUGAAACAGCCAAAUGAUCUACCGCUAAGGCGAAGCCCCGUGGAUUAAACUAUGAAAUUAUAAGAUUCAUUAUCAUUAUAACUUGUAAUUUUUUGUUUUACGACCGAACAAUUUUAUGAAAAGUCGAUAAAAAUAAAAAUAAA